AUGUGCUUUGGAGCCAUGGCAACAGCGAAGAUGACACACACGCCCUUCAUGCUCUCGUAUCACACUCACGUUCCAGCGUACAUACCGAAGUACACCUUUCAAGGACUUGUGGAGCCGAUGUGGAAAGUUAUCCGCUACUUGCAUCGAGGGGCGGACCACGCCAUCACGACAUCGCAUGAGCUGGCGAAGGAGCUUACAGCGCACAACGCCACAGCAGGUGGCAGCAGGCAGAUGGGCGUGUGGCCCAAAGCAGUGGAUUCGCAAAAGUUCAACCCACGGUUUCGAGACCAGGAGACACGGAAGUUACUCAGCGGGGGGGAAGUGGACAAGCCUCUCAUUGUGCAUGUGGGGCGGCUGGGCGCUGAGAAGAACCUUCAUCUGCUCAAACCCAUGCUGGACAGGCUUCCAGGGGCACGCCUGGCUUUCAUCGGGGAUGGACCACACAGGGGCGAGCUGGAGAAACUGUUUGCUGGAACACCCACAGUCUUUGCCGGCAUGAAGCAAGGAGCCGACCUUUCCCGCGCAUUCGCAUCAGGAGACAUUUUCAUCACCCCUUCGGAAACAGAAACGCUGGGGAACGUGGUUCUAGAAGCGAUGGCGUCAGGCGUCCCUGUGGUCGCCGCCCGGGCAGGUGGAAUCCCAGAUAUUGUCAACAGAGAGGGGCAGAACGGGUUCCUGUUCACGCCGGGGGACGUGGACGACGCGGUCGGCAAGCUUCGGCAGCUAGUGGCGUCGAGGAAAACGCGGGAGGAGAUAGCAGAGGCGGGGUUGCGGGAUGCGGAGGCGUGUGAUUGGAGGGCGAGCACGUUGACCGUGAGGAAUGAGCACUAUGGGAGGGCGGUUUACUCGUUUAUCCGCAAGGGGCGGGUGAAUCUGCGGAGCAGGAAGCCUAUGGCUGUGGCUGCUCCUGCCUCGGUCUUCCCUCCCGGGCCGCGUGACCUGCAGUGA